UACACCUGCGCAAGACUGAAGGGGAGGAGCCGGUACACCUGUGCAAGACUGAAGAGGAGGAGCCAGUACACCUGUGUAAGUCUGAAGGGGAGGAGCCAGUACACCUGUGCAAGACUGAAGGGGAGGAGCCGGUACACCUGUGUAAUACAGAAGAGGAGGAGCCAUUACAUCUGUGAAAGUCUGAAGGGGAGGAGCCAGUACACCUGUGAAAGUCUGAAGGGGAGGGGCCAGUACACCUGUGCAAGACUGAAGGGGAGGAGCCGGUACACCUGUGUAAUACAG